AUGUUUUUAGCAGGUGCCCUGACCGAAAGUGACACCUUUUGUCCCGGAAAUGAAAAUAUUAAUUCCAACACGAAGAUUGUUCCAGAAACGUUAUCUGUGCUUGACUUACACGCUGGGGUGGAGUCGACCACGGACUUAGUCCCUGGGGUGGGGUCGACGAAGUUGGGGCCUUGGGUGGCUGAAGGUGUGUCUGAGGAGGAUAAUUUGGGGACAGGACGGUUGCAGUCCUGGCAGCGAUUCCAGGGGUCCAGGCAGGAGGAGUUCCAACAGCCCGCGAUCCCCAUCCGGCGAACAGAGAAGUUUAAGCAGAGACUCCUCUGCCGCACCGACUGCUUGGAGGCCCCACUCAGUCAGUUCUUCCGAUGUCUGGACACAGCGGUGGCUUCGUACCCCUGGGUUUUCCUGCUGGGGUCUCUGCUGCUGACGGCCUUUCUCAGCACUGGCUUUGUCCACCUGUCCUUUGACAAAGAGGAAAACCUGGAGGAGCAGUACUCCCCGGUGAGGAGCCCGGCCAAGAAAGAGCGCCAGUUCAUUAUAGGACAUGACAGGACCAACGACUCCUUUCACUUCUCCUCCACCAGGGAGAGCACCCAGUUCACCUUCGCUGCCAUCUUUGUCAUCUCCAACACCCCCUCGCUGCUGGAAUCGGACAUUUUGGCUGAAGUUAGUAAACUGGACCCAGCCUUGGAGGAUUUGUCCGUUGAGCAGGAGAACAGAACCCACAUCCGCUUCCCACAAGUGUGUGCCAAGUUCCUGGACAACUGCGUGCCCUCCAACACGCUUCUGACCAUCUGGCGGCAGGACAGAACCUUGAACCUGAAAAACAUCGCUUUCCCAGUCCACCACUGGAAGCAACAUCCCAUCCACUUGACCCACAUGGUUGGAGGCAUCCAGUUAGGGGAGAGGAGAGGAAAUAACCAGCUACUCCAGCAGGUCAGAGCCCUGCGGCUGCAGUACUACCUGCGGAGCCAGCUAGGGGAGGACAAGUCCAGGAUCAAGAAGUGGCUCAUCCAUUUUCUGAGCCAAUUUAACGACCUGAAGGAGAGGCUAGCCUUGAAUCACAUCCAGGUAAUCUACUCUACAUCACUUUCUAGACAAAGGGAAUUUGAAGCAACUGCUAAGAAAGCGAUCCCUUUGUUUCACUUGGCAUACCUUCUAAUCAUAGCAUUUGCAAUCCUGUCAUGCUACAGAUUAGACUGUGUACAAAACAAAAUGUGGGUUGCAGCAUUUGGAGUGUUUUCUGUUGCAUUGGCAGUAGUGAGCGGCUUUGGCUUGAUGCUGUACGUUGGGGUUCCAUUUGUACUUGUAGCUGGAAAUUCACCAUUUCUUAUUCUAGAUAAAUGUACUGAGUCCAAAAUGUUUGUAGUUUUGUUGUACUUUUUGUAUAUCAUAAGCAGCAUAUAUGGGUGUCUCCAAGGGAAGGAAGGUUUAGAUGUUCGAAAUCUAGCAAGUGAUGAUUCCUAUAUCAGACCAUAUUUUGAUGUAAAUGAUGAGUAUUUUUCGGAGUAUGGCCCUGUGGUUAUGGUUGUUGUUACUACAAAUGUUAACCACUGGAGUAAAGAAGUCAGGGAAAACCUGGAACUGUGUAUAAUAGAAUUUGAAAACAGUAAGUAUGUAGUUGAAAAUAUCACAGACUUUUGGUUACAAUUUGGUUAUGUGCAGUAUAUGGAAACAACAAAACAAGAUGUAAAUGAUAAGAAUACUUUUGCAAAAAAUAUACCUGUAUUUUUAAAUAAUUUUCCCAAUUUUGUAUAUGAUGUUAAUAUUUCAUCAUCAAAUGAAAUAAUUUCUUCCCGGACCUUCAUUCAGACCAGGUAUGUUUCUACUCCUGCCUAUAAGAAGAGGAUGUUAAAACAGUUAUGAGGCAUUGCUGCAUCUUGUAAAAUUCCACUGUUGGUGUACAACCAAGCCUUCAUAUAUUUUGAUCAGUAUGCUGUAAUAGUGGAAAACACUAUUCAGAGUGUUGUUGUUGCAUCAUUGGCUAUGUUCUUUGUUUCUUCACUGUUAAUUCCUCAUCCAGUAUGUGCCUUGUGGGUAACUUUUGCUAUUGCUUCUGUGGUUGUGGGAGUAACAGGUUUCAUGGCUUACUGGAAUGUCAAUCUUGAUUCCAUAUCUAUGAUGAAUCUUGUCAUUUGUAUAGGGUUUUUUUUUUACUUUUCUGCACACAUAUGCUAUGCAUUUGUUUCCAGUUCUAAGCCCACACUAAACGAGAAAGCAGUUGAGGCAUUGUAUCUGCUAGGCUAUCCUGUGUUACAAAGUGCAGUAUCAACAAUAAUUGGGGUGUGCCUUUUAUAUACAUCUAAUGCAUACAUCUUCAGGACAUUUUUCAAAAUUAUAUUUCUUGUUAUGAUGUUUGGGGCUGCUCAUGGCCUAAUUUUUAUUCCUGUAUUCUUAACUUUUUUUGGAAGAUUUGACUGA